AUGUUCAUAUCUAUCUCAAUAUGUUCAUAUCUAUCUAUCUAUCUUCUUCAUAUAUCUAUCUAUCUUGAAGUCUUUUCUAUCUAUCUAUCAAUUCAUAUCUAUCUCAAUAUGUUCAUAUCUAUCUAUCUAUCUAUCUUCUUCCCAGCCUACUAUCUAUCUAUCUUGAAGUCUUUUCAUAUCUAUCAAUUUAAAUAUGUUCAUUCUAUCUCAAUAUGUUCAUAUCUAUCUAUCUAUCUUCCUCCUACUAUCUAUCUAUCUUAUCUUUUCAUAUCUAUCAAUUUAAAUAUGUUCUAUCUCUCAAUAUGUUAUAUCUAUCUAUCUAUUUCACUCAUCUAUCUAUUUAUCUAUCUUUUCAUCUAUCAAUCAAUAUGUUCAUAUUUCCUAUCUCAAUAUCUUCAUCUAUCUAUCUAUCUAUCUAUCUUGAAUCUAUUUCAUAUCUAUCAAUUUAAAUAUGUUCAAUCUAUCUCAAUAUGUUCAUAUCUAUCUAUCUAUCUUCACUCAUACUAUCUAUCUAUCUUCAUAUCUAUCUUUAAAUAUGUUCAUCUAUCUCAAUAUGUUCAUAUCUAUCUCUAUCUAUCUUCACUCAGCCUAUCUAUCUAUCUUGAUCUCUAUCUUUAA